GGAGUAAACUUGAUGCCUGAUAGUGCAAGCAAAGCAAGCACCCCACCUUUUCUGCUCUCCCUAAACUCACUGUGUUUUCCUCUUUGUCUGUUAAAAAAACCUGCUUUCUUUUCUUUCUAUCCUCUCUCUUUUUUGCCUCCUCACUAUUUCUAUAAGCCCUUGUUUAGUGCUUCGCUAGCAAAACCCACCUCAAAAAAAACUCAGCCCUUUCUCUCCCUCUCUCUCUCUCUCUCUCACACACACACACACUUGCUUAGUCUUAUAAUCCAAAUCCUCCUCACUCUGCUAGCUAAGUCUACCUUCUAAGCCAAAACUUGUAUUCUAUCUUAGAACCUCAUCGCCUUAUAGUAUGGAAGGUGCUUAAAGCUCAAGAUUUGGACACAAGAGAAAUUGAUAUAGGUAUGCCAUUUUCUUUCUCCCUUCUUUCCGUUUCCAUUACGAGUCGAAAGAAGAACAAACAAGGCUUACUUGAUCAGUCGUCUCCCUUUCUCCAUCAUUUUCUUUCUCAUCAGAGAUUGUUUGACCCCCUUUCUCAUUCUCUCUCUCUCCCUCUCUCACUUUCGAGAAAUAGAGAUAGAAAUGUUGGGAGUUGGUAAUUUAUUUGCUUAAAUUAGUCUCUCAUCGAUGCUAGCUCCUGGCCACAGUGCCAUUGAAUUUGUUUGUUAAUUUGUUUGUUUUCUUUCUUCUUUUUUCCUUCUAAGUUGACCUCUUGAGAGAAAAUAGAUGGAUACCCAAACCCUUUUCUUGCUUUGUUCUCCUGAUCAUUAACCUUGUGAUAUCUCUCUUUGAGCCCAGCAGAUCCCCUGUCAUUUCAACACCUUCUCUCUCUCUCUCUCUCAAAGCAACUGCAAUUUAGUCCCCAUCUUUUGUGUCUGCGAGAAUAGUAAGGGUUUCUAGUUUGUGUUGGUUGUAAAAGAGUGGACAAUUGUCAAGAAAGGUCCCAGGAGUACAAGAAAGCAACCACUUUUAAUAUUUAAUGAUUUAGGCCUCCAAAUUAUAUCCUCCUGUCUUCUUGUUGUUUCUCUUCCUGUCACCAUACAAACAACAAGACACAAAACUAAUAUAAUAGCCAGAGAAGCAGCUAGCAGAGAGAAAACAAGCUAGGGAUGGAACUUUCAAGUCAAGAAGGAGAAAUCCCAAUCCCAAUCCCAAUUCCAAUGCCAAUAAACAGUACAUAUGGUGGGGGGCAUGGGCACUUGAUCCAUCAUGAUCCUGCACCCCACAAUCACAUCAUCCCUUCAUCAGCAACCCAAAUCCCCUCCAAUGGCCUAGAAGAAAAUAUUGUGCCCUACAAGAAAGUGGUGAGGUAUAGAGAAUGCCUCAAGAACCAUGCAGCAGCAAUGGGAGGGAAUGCCACUGAUGGCUGUGGUGAAUUCAUGCCCAAUGGUGAAGAAGGUACAAUAGAAGCACUCAAUUGCUCUGCCUGCAAUUGUCACAGAAACUUCCACAGAAAAGAAGUUGAAGGUGAGCCCUCUAAUUCAUGUGACUGCCAUCAUACCCCACAUCUCAACAGGGUUGCCAGGAAAUUCAUGCUUGCCCAUCACAAAAAUUUACUUACUACCCCAGAGGCCUUGGGGUACCCUACAGCUACAGGUACAUUUAUAUCUUCAAGACCAGCAGCACCCCACCAAAUUAUAAUGCCCUAUAACAUGGGCUCCAUCCCUUCUGAGUCUGAUGAGCAGGAAGAUGGUGGGGGUGCAGGAAUGCCCACCAGGCAUCCUCCACAGCUUAUGAAGAAAAGGUUCAGGACCAAGUUCACUCCAGAACAGAAGGAGAAAAUGCUCAACUUUGCAGAGAAAGUUGGGUGGAAAAUCCAGAAGCAGGAAGAGGCUGUGGUGCAACAGUUCUGCCAAGAGAUUGGAGUCAAGAGAAGAGUCCUCAAGGUUUGGAUGCACAACAACAAGCACAAUCUAGCCAAGAAAAAUCACUCCACAGAUUUAAGUUAACCAUAUUUUUAGUUUGCAUGUGCUUUAACUCCACAUCUCAGCUGAAUAUGUUUUCUUUUAUUUUCUCUACACCCAGCUAUCUUUUUAAUCAUUUUUCUUCUCUUUGAGUAAGUUACUUGAGUUCUCUCACUGUUUGUAAUAAUAGUGGUUAUAUAUGAUAUGUAAUGUAGCUUAGGCAAAUUGGGUUUGGUAGUGUUUGAGUUGUGGUUCAUGUUCAUGUUCUUGUUCAAUGUUCAGUGCAGGAUUGAGUUGAGUUUUUCAGACUGAGAUACGCCAAUGUAUUAUUAAUCUUUAAUUUUAGGAGGAGGAGAGCUUCUUAAUUAACUAAUAUUCUUCCUGUUAUCUUAUAGUUUUUAAUAUAAUAUUAACUUUU